AUGUCUGGCCAGGAUAGUCACAAUAGCUCUCACUCACAGAGCAGCACUGGAGGUCGACAGCGCAAAGGGCUUGUCAGUGGCAUCGUGAGGGGCGUGGCUGCCGGUAUUGGACUCGCCUCAGAAAGCUAUCAUAAUCAUCAAGAGAAGAAAAAAGCACAAGCAGCUGCUGCCGCUGCCCCCGGAGAAAGUUCGAGGGCAGGGGAAAGCUCAAGGGCAGUUCACAAUGAGAAGCGUCACAGUUCGUAUGAGCAUGAUGACGAUGACUCUUCUGAUAGCGAAGAGCAUUCUGGACCGAUACAAGUUGACCAAGACACGUCCCGAGAUUUGGAGGAGGCAGCAUGGGAACUCGAUGCCGCGCAGUUACAGCUGGAGCCACCACCAGAUUAUGCUACUGUCAUGGAGCAAGACCUUGACGUCCAGGCUAUGGCUGAUGGUUUCGUUCGGAGUCAUGUAUUACCAUCAAACCAACAGGUUCAGCAGCAUGGAUUGCCUAUGCCUGUGAUCCUCCCGCAACGGCGACCAGGCGAGCGUGCCCGCGGCUUCAUCCACGCAUACGCACCGCUGCUUCAAAAUGUGGGAAUCGAUCAGGCUACUUUCAUCGACUUUAUCAAGCAGUUAAACAUGGCAACGGCGCCAUCGCCAUGGAUCAACGCUAUCAAUGUUGCAGCUAUUGCUGUACAGCAUGUUCCUGAGCCUGUCACCAUUGCCGUUUCCAUUGCCGCUCAGGUCACUACUCAAGUUAGUCUUCAGGCGCACAGCCGGUCUAAAACUAAUACCUUUUUGAACAAAAUGAAUACCGAAUUCUUUCGGCCCCUCGGACUCAUAGCUGUUAUCAUGACCUGGAAGCCGAGCCGAGCCGGUGAAGUCGUCACGCAAGUCACGUUUGACGCAGCGUUGCAGCAAGCUACCCAGAACGCUUCAGGUCCGCAGCCUGGAGUAGGUGGUGGGAUUAGUAACAAGAUGCAGGCUUCGCACGGGACAACAAACUUUGAGUGGCCUGAGUCUGCACCACUUGUGUUUCCAACUUUGGACAAGCUUGCCGAUUCUGCUGAGGGUAGACAGGUGGUUGAAGAGGCUGGGAAGAAGCAGCCAAAUGGCAUGAUGCGCAGCAUGAUAUUUGCAAUGGAGUACAUGGAUAAGCGGUCUCAGGCCCAAUGGGCUAAUAUGCACCCGGAGAGUCGUCUCGCACAGUUGAACGUCAAGCCUGAGUUCCAUUCACGUUACGCGGAUCCCAACCAUCCAGCGAGCAGUGGUAGUCUAUUAGCUUUGCUGACAGGUGGAGCCAUUGGUGGAAGAGAUGUCUUAUACCUGAUGAUAGCAAACCUACCAUCAGCCGAGGAAAUGGCAGCAGCGCAGCAAUUUUUACAAGUGCAUCCUAUACAGGGGUAA